GCCUGGUCUCCUCUGUGGGUGGAGCAGGGAUGGAUCUCAGAGCCCUGGUGCAUGUUGAUGACAUCAUGCAUGGAUGCCAGGGUCCAGAAGCCUCUAGCCCAGUCUAGGGUAGUUUGUUGCAAUAUGAAGCCCAAUGGUGUCAGGUAAGUGCUCUGUUUUGAAUUCCACUGUUAUCCUAAAUUCCAUGAAGCAAUCUCCCUUAGAUAUCUGGUGGUGAGUUCUCUCUAGUGACACUGCCUCUAACAUAAUAUCAUAAACAAUAAGGUAGCCUAAUCAUCUGGGCAUAAUCCACGUAUAAUUGAGCACAUUUUAUGUUUCAUUGUUUUUAAUGGGAGUGCUUGAAUCCCUUCCAUUGGAAUCAAUAUGUUUAACUUUGGUUGAAUUGCGCAUCAUACAGCUAUGUUUGGGACAGUUGUAACAAGAAGUAGAGAUUUGCACCAAAGCGGGGAGGGGGGGCUGAUCUUGCAUUUUGUACACCUAUUUAAUUCACACUUUACCACCAGACUUUAAUGCUAGUACAAGAGCUGACUAUUUCAGCUCAAGGGAACUGAAAUUUAAUACCCGUAUUUUGAACAACAAACAAUCAUGCCUCUCUGGCUGCUAAAGAAAUUGAAUCAAGGGUCUUUUUCUUUUUUACUGUCUGUUAUAAACUGUAGGGGAAAGGAUGCACACAAUCUAAAUUCUAUAUCCUGGCUGCACUUUAUCACCACAUUGAAAAUAUGUGAAUAGCCCCUUCUCUCUUUUUUUAUCGGUUUACAAAAUCAUAUUAUCCUUACUUAAGCACCGAGCAAUAAAGCUGCCCUCUAUUGGAAAAAAUGCAUUUUUCCCUCCCCAAAUUUGUUUGCCAGCAUGCUUCUUCCUCCCCACAGGUGUGUUAUAAUAUGCAAAUGAGAGGUUUAUUUAGUGUGUGGAUAAAAGAGCUUUUUAAGUCCUCGUUCCUUCUAACAUCUUAACGGCUAUGCAGUUUCUUACAAAAUAUGUUUUAUCGUUUCAAGAAAUGCUGUUAACCUCGCAGUUUUAAAACUGAAUGAACAAGGCCUCUUGGACAAAUUGAAAAACAAAUGGUGGUACGACAAAGGAGAAUGUGGCAGCGGGGGAGGUGACUCCAAGGUUAGCCUCAAUGUCACCAAAGCGGGUAAACAGUAUGUAGAGUAAUUGGUGCAUCUGCUGGGGCUCUUUCCUUCCUUGCCACGAAAUCCUUGACAGCAUUGAUAAAAAAGCAAAAGACCAACAUCCAGAUGUGUGCAAUUACUGUCAAAGCAAAAAUAUUUGCAUCCUUGUUUUGAGUCUCAAGCCCAACUUAUUGGCCUGGGAAUCCAAAUCGUCAUUUUGCAUGUCAUACCUGGAAUCUCUACAUAUUAAAAAAUCAAAACAGACUUGACGCAAAAGUUGGUAGGGACAAAGCAGGUUGGUGAACAUGCAGCGGAAGACAUUAGCACAUCACAGCAGACAAGAUCACAAGAGCCCAACUAGCUCCCUGUCUCUCCAGGUGAAUGACUUAGGCUGCUUAUCCAUCACUAACUGGUUUUUACUGGAGCUGGAGGUUGGUGGGCCAACUUAUUUUGUUUAAUUUAUUAAAUUUAUGUCCUGCCCCUCCUCCCAAAAGAGCAGAAGGGAGCAAACACGCAGGCCAGAAAGCAAUUAAAAAAUUUAAUAAAUCAGUUGCAGCACAAAUGCAUACAGGGGAAGAUCUCUCCUUAAAAGGCUUGUUGGAAGAGGAAGGUUUUCAGUAGGCCACAGAGACAGCACCAGUCUUUCAUUGAAAAAGAAAGUCCCCAUGGCUACAGUCACUACUUCAUCCAAAAAACUCUCUUUAACUCUUGGGUGGGUGGCAACUAGCAGGCCAGCUAGUUGCAGGGGCCAGACUUUGCCUGGAUAGCCUCAUUUCUAUGAUUUCCCUUUAGAGCACACCAACACAAAAGUGGAUUUAUUGUUGUGGUUUCUGCAAAUGAAACCUGGAAACCGUAGUUUUGUGAGAGUGGGGCCCAAGCUCUGGUGCACAAGUUGUCCCCUGAACACUAGCAUUGUGGCAUAAUUGGGGGGGGGGGUAAUGUUUUUGUUUGUUAGUAUGUUGUGUUAUUUUUGGGCCUUGAUAUGUAAACCACCUUGUGAUCCUUGGAUGAAGGGCAAAAUAGACAUUUAAGAAAUUAAUAAAUCAAUCUUGAUUUUAUGAUCCACUCUACCUGCUCAAAGUGUCAUUCAGUUCCCAUAGGAAAGAAAACUCAUAUAAACAUCAUGUGAUUGCAGGUGCUUCCUUUAUAAUAAUAAUAAUAAUAAUAAUAAUAAUAAUAAUAAUAAUAAUUUAUAUAUAUAUAAAUUAUAUUAUAUAUAUUAUAUUAUCUUUAUAUUAUAAGCCCAGUGCAACUCAAAGAAAUGGCCUGGUUCAGCAGGGUUUUGAUUUAUAGACCUGGGGACACAGAACAUACUGCGCUCUAAGCACAGCUUCCUAAUAUUUUUUAAUGAAAUUUGUAGGCCACUCACCAUCACCAAAGGAUCCCAUCCAUAACAUAAACAUCAUGAUGCAACGAAAUUAAAUAAAAAUCAGUUUAAAAGUAUAGCAGCAAUCAGUGCAGCAUACAAUAACGUUCAGGUGUCAGCCAUUUUUACCGACUUCCUCUAAACACCCAGCGGAAUAAUCAGGUCUUUAGUUGGUGAUAUAAAAACUAUCAAGGUGAUAUCAAAACUAUCAUACCCUCCAUGGAGCUAUAUCCUCCCUGCUUACUGAAAUAUACAACUUCCCAGCUUUGGUCUGCCACCUAAAUUGUCCAGUAGAUAUUUUGCUCAAAUGUCAGGCUAAGUGAGUUUGAGGACAACGGAUAGGCAAUCUGGUAAUCAGGUGCUUCCUUGUUUGGACAUUUUUAAAAAAAAGUGGAAACAUUUCCAACAUCUGGUUGUGUUUUAUUGGUCAGCCACUGAAUGUCGGUGAAAGCCAAUAGUUUUGGGUUCACAGUAAUUGCACGCAAUUUUUUCCCAAGCCUUCCCCAGCAGUAUGUGCCCAUUACCUGAAGCGAUGGAGCAGGUCCCAGUCGUAUGUCUGUCUCUAACCCUGUGCACGACAUAAGCAGCCUCUGUGGCCUCCGCUCCGUCACUUUGCAAUGCGAUUCUAUGUAGUUUUACUUGAAUAACAUAAAAUAACAUAUAUAAUGUUAUUUAUGUUAUUUCCCACGUGAAGAACUCCUGUAAACCUUGCCGUUCUGAAACUCAGUGAGGCAGGCGUCUUAGACAAGCUGAAAAACAAAUGGUGGUACGAUAAAGGGGAAUGUGGACCCAAGGACUCUGGAAGCAAGGUCAGUCGCUGCAGUUCGGGACCCGCUAUUGUGUUCACGAGGGAGCUAAUGUUCACGUAGGAAUGGAAAUAAAUGAGCUAUUGAACAGGCACCGCACAGAAGGCGCUUAUCCUUUCCCUCCCAACCCCAGGGGGGCAAGAUGAAGUGGUCGCUUGGAUUUGUAAACCCUGCAUGAGAAAUGCAACACAUAGUCAAAGCAUUAAUUAAAGCCCUUCAACACCAGCUUCAUCCCAGGCAUGUCCCCAAAUGCCAAACCCUUAACUUGCUUUUUAAAAAAAGAUGCUCCGGUUUAUACAAGGGCAUGGUAGCACCUCAGUUAUGGAGCACUCACUGAACAUGCUUUUCUAAAAGGUCUUCUGUUGAUGGACUUACAUAGAAUUGUAGAGUUAGAAGGGAGUCUGAGGAUCAUCUAGUCCAAUGCAGGAAUAUACAGGGGUCAAGCCUGCAGCCUUGGGGUUAUCAGCACCACGCUCUAACCAACUUGAACCACUUAGGUUCAGAAUGGUCCUGUUGAUCAGUUUUAGAAAUGAUUGCAAGAUCUGCAGAUUAUAUUGCAUUGUGUUAUAUUUAAUAUACUGUAACCCUGAUCAUGUCUGGUGGACCUUCACCCCACCAACAUCUGGCAGUACCUCCAUGUCAACUUGACUCCUGCCACUCCACAUUUUAAAAAGGAAGGCCAUCUCUCUUGACGGUGUUUUGCAAAUCUAACAAGUUUGGAGGCAGAUUAAAAUGUUAUGUUCCUCGCCCAUCCCACCCCCACCCACCCCCGCGCAACAUGAACAACAUGGGAAGAUGUUCAUCCUACACCUGCCCAGCCAUUAGUUGGAACAUUGAAUAAUGCAUCUUUAAAUUAAACUAUUUCAGCAACUGAACUCGGCGCUCAUCAUGGUGUGCGAAUUCCACAUAGCUCAGAAUAAAAAAAAUUAAGUCUUACUCUCAGCCCAUUUUUUAAUAAGUGUUUAUUUCUACAUGCAUGCCUGCAUAAAUUGCUUAAUUAGGAGUAUAGCAAUGGGCGGUAUAAUGUCAAAUCCUUUUUUAAAAAAGUCUAAAGUAUUAUGAUGUACAAUUACAUGCAUCUUUCUGAAAUCCUGAAAUGUCAAGUGUGCAGUCUCGCGUUCAUGCCAUUCGCUCAUUCAAAUCGGCAGUGAAUUGUGGCCACACGAACUCACAGGAUGGAAAGCCUCCACCAAUUUGAAAUGCUUACUUAACACUAAGAUUAAUGCCUUAAAUUAAAAACGUAAUGGAUUUUUAAAAAAUUACGUAUCUAACAAUUUACCGCAUCAGCACUGCAAUCCCUUAGUGAGAAGAGGUCAUAGCUCAUUGGCAGAGCAUCUCUUUUGCAUGCAGAAGAUCCCAUGUUAAAUCUCUGCCAUGGUAGAACUAAGAGAGAGUCCUGUCUGAAACACCUGAGCACGGCCAGUCAGUGCAGAACACUGACCCAGGUGGACCAAGUCUGAAUCAAUACAAGGCCGCUUCCUCUGAUAUUAACAAUAAGUACUUUAAACAACAACCCUGAGAGAACCAGGCAAGCCAGUGGUCCCGAUCCAGAGCAUGCUGCUACGCUUGUUUGUGGACUUGUGCAGAUGCAGCGAGACUGUUCCCUGAAUUUCCAACGCUCCAGGCCCCUCUCCCUCUCCACCAUAUUGCAAGUCCUUCCCAAACCAGGCAACUUUCUCCUUUAACAGUAUAGUAGGAAGGCUGUUCUUCGUGAGGAAAGACUCAUUUGUCUCCUAGCUCACAUCCUACACGAGGCUCGGGAGCUGUGACAGGAAAUUUGUUUGCCUGAAUUUUAAAAAGUGUUUAAAUGUAACGGACAUUUAGCCUUUUAUUUAACCAGCAGUUGGAAGACCGGUCUGGUGUUUUCUUUUCCAAAUAAAUAUAUCGGAGCAUAUUUAUCCUAAAAGGAGCCAUGCCAUAGAUCAGUUAGGCUACUUAAUGAUCCUCUAACAACCCCGAGUUCAGGCCACCAUUAAACGUCAAGUCGAGAGAGGAUAGAUAUGCUUUAUUGACGCUGCGGUUAAUUGUGGUAGACUAUUUCACCGCCGUUCAUUACCGAGGGGCUAAUUGCAUCCGAAAGUAUUGGUUAAGCACAUGUAAUCUUUCGUAGCAUUUUGCUUCUAAAAACAAACUGUUUGCUUAUAUACGUAUGUUUGUUUUGCAAGCCAGGGCAGGCCAAUUAUCUCGGAAGACGUUUGUCAGUGCCUGUCUUCCCCUCCUCCCUUUCCCCGUGUAUUUCAAUGAAGCCGUCGCUUAUGCCUCUGUACUUGUACCGUACUGUUUUGUUUGUUUGCUCUCCGGCCGCCUGGCGCCUCUGAUCUGACACGCACACCCCUUUUUGUUUCCCCAGGACAAGACGAGCGCCCUGAGUCUCAGCAAUGUUGCGGGCGUCUUCUACAUUCUGGUUGGAGGCCUGGGCCUGGCUAUGCUGGUGGCUUUGAUAGAGUUCUGUUACAAAUCCAGGGCAGAGGCGAAGAGAAUGAAGGUGGCAAAGAGUGCACAGACUUUUAAUCCAACUUCCUCGCAGAAUACCCAGAAUUUAGCAACUUAUAGAGAAGGUUACAACGUAUAUGGAACCGAGAGUGUUAAAAUUUAG